GCCAAUCUUUUACUCUCAGGAACUGUCCCAUACCUACGCAGUGGGUCCUUUUUUGGAUACAACUGUGGAUAAAUUUCUAUUUUUAUUCAAGAACAUUUGUUUGGACAUGGACCCUCGUCUGACACUCCUGUUAUUCUUCAUCUGCAGCAUAGGAGCCAUUAAUGCUGAGGUGUCUGAAAAUGGAUCAAUUUCCACGGUGGCUCCCAUGGUACCGAGUCACAGCCCAGAGCUAGUAGAGGGAGAUAAUGAAAAUUCAGUUACCGCAGAAGUGCCCACAAUUACAACAACAGUAACAAGUGGGCCCAGUGAAAACACAACAGAGGAAGUAGACGAAGAUGGAUGUCUGUCUAAAAGUCCUUCAUCGAGAAGGAAAAUUGCAAAUGCCAUUGAGAAACUGGGCAUGAAGCUAUUGCAGAACCUGGAGACGACACCAGACCAACCAAAUAUAAUCAUCUCUCCUCUGAGCAUUGCACUAGGACUUUCUCAACUGGCCUUAGGUGCAGUCAAUGAGACAGAGGAACUUCUCAUGCAGCACCUCCACGACCACUCUCUGACUUGCUACCACCAGGCCCUCCGCCAUGUGUUAUCACAGCUCAGAAACAUCGACCUGCAGCUGGCCACACGCAUCUUCUUACGCAAAGGAUUUGAGCCAAAGCAAGAAUUUAUUGAGAAAUCCCAGCAGUUUUAUGGCUCUGAUGCAGCGGUUGUGGAGAGUCUUGAGCAGAUAAAUGAUUGGGUGGACAAAGCCACAAAUGGAAAGAUGAACAACUUCCUCAAGGCUUUACCACCAAACAUGCUUCUUAUGCUCAUCAAUGCAAUUCACUUUAAAGGACAAUGGAAAGCUCAGUUCGACCCACGUUACACUUCCAGAGGUGUCUUCUAUCUGGAUCAAAACAGCAUGGUUGAUGUUGACAUGAUGGAAGCUGGCAAAUAUUCAUUGAGUUCAUUCAUUGACAAUGAACUAGAGGCACAGGUAGCACGGUUCCCGUUCCUAAACUCCAUGAGUUUGCUUGUGGUCAUGCCUGCAUCUGGCCAUGUCAACAUUUCUUCUCUUGCUACAAAAUUAAACCUAUCAAACGUCUAUGAGCGGCUGCCACGCGAGAAAGCUGUGAACGUGAAGAUCCCCAAAUUCAAGCUUGAGUACAGCCAGGAGCUACAGGAAGUUUUCACAAAACUGGGUUUAGGAGAUGUGUUUAGUAAUCCCAAUUUGGCUGACAUAUGUGAUGGGCCCCUGCUAGUAUCCAGUGUCCAGCAUAAGUCCAUAAUAGAAAUAAAUGAGGAAGGGGCAGAGGCAGCAGCUGCAACAAAUGUGGUCAUCUCCAGGGCAUCCAAUCCAAUAUUUCACAUGAUCCACCCAUUCUUCAUCGCCCUCAUGAACGAUGUUCUCAAACUGCCAGUCUUCAUGGGUGUCAUCAACAACCCCAGUCCUGGAGCUCCAGUCAUCGCGAGAGCAGAUCCUGGAGACAAGUUGGGAUAUCCAGUUGACAAGAAUUUCCUGGGUACAUCUGGAGUACCACCUAAAUAAAUACAAAACCUUAUCUGAUCUGAUUAUUCAUAACAAGACUUUACUAUCCGGACAGAUAGAAAAUUCAAUAUAUGCUUCCUUUAUAUGAGCCAAGUGUGCACAAUGUUCAGUUGUUGUGUCUUCUAAUAAAUGCCGCUGUCAAACAAUCUGUUUGAAUCAUGUGGAUUUACUGUAAACACAUUUGUAUCCUUUUGUGCUUUGGUAAAAUAGUCAAGGUUUAUGUUAUGUAAAAAAAUUACA